AUGUCACUGGCAUCCUGGUUCAGGUGGAAUGAGCCCCCAAACCGUAUUUCCCAGAGGAACCCCACAGAAAUGGUGGUUGAGACGCUAAUGAUGGAGCUGAGCUGGCAGACCAAGCAGGCAGAGAAGCAGCAGCGAGAGCGGGAGAAUGAGUAUCGCAAGAUCAAGACUGGGGUGGACUACGGCUGGCUGGUCAGCUAUCCAAAGCAGAGCUAUGAUAUCAGCCCGGGAGAACGGCUGCAGCUGGAGGAUAUGUGUACCAAAAUACAUCCUUCCUACUGUGGGCCUGUCAUACUCAGAUUCCGGCAACUCAUUGCUGAAUAUGAACCAGAAGUGCAGGAAGUAUCCCGGCUUUUCCGCUCUGUCCUGCAGGAAGCUGCUGAGAAGAUCAAAGAGGAGGAAGAGGCCAAGAAGCUUGCCAGGCAAUGGAACACAAAGAACAAAACCAGCCUCUCCUUAACAACAUUUAAAUCCCGAUCCAGGAUUUCCCCAUUCAUCAGUGACAUCAAGACCAUCUCUGAGGAUGUGGAACGGGGCACCCAGCCCACCAGGAGGGUUUGGAGCAUGCCAGAAUUUCGGAAUGCCAAGGAUUACUGACUCUAUACUGAAAAAGGUUUUUAGACAGUGAUCUUUUAAAAGCCCAGUUAACCCUCUUUAGAUCUACUGUUUCUUCUUUGUUUCAGCUCUCUCUCUUCCUGCCUGUCUCUCUCUUGGAAGCUGUGUCCAUAGUAACUGCUGCUGAUGUCCGUGGUGUGUGACAAAAUUUAUUACCAAACAUGCUAGCCUUUCCUUUAAUUUAGUAGCUAUUUGGUAACCUUAAGGGCAAGGCUGACUUACUGUCUCAUUUUUAUUACUGCUUUCUUGUGGAAAAUGAAUUACUUCUGUGAUGUCUGUCUUCUCCCCUCCCCCCCCCAGCCUGAACGUAGUUAUCCAGAAAAGCUUUUGGCCCAAGUUAGCGAGAGCUGCUGGCUGGACCAAUCUUGCUGAAAGCAAGACAGCCACUUACACGAGUAAGGCUUGCAGGAUCAGGCCUGUGAGUUAAAGCUAGUAUCUGAUUUGGAACUGAACUUCCUUUUCCAACUAAUAGCUUUCCUUAGUGCUACAAGAAACUUCACAGGUAACCUCAGUACUGCUCUGGAUCAGCUUUCUGCUGACAAUUAGCAAUCCAACCUGAGUAGAAACAGACCCAAGCUUUUUGAGAUGAAAGACCAAUAUUAUUCCAUGGCAACUAGUUUAUGCAUGUUCAGGUUUUUUUGGGUAUUUUGUCUUUUGUGCAGGCAGAACCCCCUGAACCUUGCACCUGCAGAGUAGAUAGAAAUGUAACAACCUGCUGUGUAGAUAUACAGGCGGAUACAUCAGUGCUGUGUCAAACGCUGUUCUUGGUCCUCAGUGUUCUGUAUUGUUGAGGUAAGUGCUCUACUCCACAUCCCAGUAAUAAGUCAGCGGGCUGAAAUUAAUGUUUAUGGCUAAGCCUGAAAGAGUACUGAAGUAUCAACAUACAGAGAAAGGUGAAGGGAAUCAGCAUUCAUCUACAGGGCUCUCUGUACAGUUGAGAUCAUUUUAACAAGCUGCUGCUGUGAGUGACUGAAGGGCUCUGGUAGAUGAAGGGUUGUGCCCUCAGUUCUCUCUCAUGAGUGCUCAGAAGAGAACUUUCCAGUAUCACAGGCUGCUGGCCAGUGAGUUGAUACCACCACAAAAGAUUCUUAAUGCAGACUGAGUAGCUUGUAGGCCAGCAUGGUUGUGCUGAGACCUUGAAGAAAGAGGAAAAGGCUGCUGAGGAAAAACUUCUGGGGCCCUAACUCAGCAUCUGUAGGGAGCGCUCUCACCAGCAAAGAGAAUGGCAUGCUGUGAGAAUCAUGGGUCCUGUAGAGAAGCUGAGGGCUAGGAUGCUUUGUGGUGACCAACAGGAGAUGGGGAAGGAAGAGAGGGAUUUCCCUGUAUGACUGGCUUUUGGGGAAUCAUCCCAGUGGGGUAUAAGCUCCUGGAGGAUCCUAUAGCUUUGUUGUUCUUUUGCCCGUUUCUGACUCUUUUCCCUGGGGGACCUUUCCAGCAGCAUGUGGGUACUACAGCCAAGAUAAAACCCUUUGAAGCCGUGCCAACUCUGGGAAGAAUUCCAGCACAUGAAAUCUAUCCUAGAGUAGAAAUGUGCAGUUUCUUCCAGAGGUGGGGGAGGGCAGCAUACAAGAUCAAGAUCAAACCUUUAAGAGCUCUCUAAGACUCUGGGAUUCUGGCUCUUCCUCUCUCCCCUCUGGACUAAGACUGAACACAAGGCUUUCUUACUAGCAUCAGGCUGUAGUUUCUAGUCCCUUGGUAAACUGCUGCCAGCAAUCCUCCUAGGGACAGAAAGCAGAAGCUCACUUUUAAUCAAAAACUCAGGGCUUCCAAUUACAGCAUCCAGUUUGGGACAGGCUGUUUCAACUCUAGGUCAAUGAGGAAGAGUUUAAAGCCUUCCAACAGUCAGCUCGGUGUUUUUCAGCUGUAUGUCCUUGUGAAGUAGUGUGAUUGUGUAUAUGAAGUAAAAACAAAGGCUUGAUGUACUUAGCAUAGCCUUAGCUGUCUAGAAGAUGUGGGAUCUCUAGCAAGGGAUCACCACACUUUGCAGAAAAGUUCUUGUUUAGAAAAAAGUUAACCAUCCUUCUUUUAUGUAUUUGUAAGCCACUAUAUGGCACUGAAGGCUGAGAUGAGUUCAUUAAUUUCAUGCUACACCGCUGUAGUCAUUUUAUUUGCACUCAUGUUCUAUUUUGACAUCUUCAGUAUUGACUGUAUUGAUGGACUGCUGGGAGAGACAGGACAUUCUGACACACAGACAUAAAGCUCUUUGUUACAGUAGAGUGUCUGUAAUGUGCUCACUCUUUCUUAAGGAGAAUCAGGAGUAACUAACUUCCCUACACUAAUGUACAGAGCCAAGGAAAUCACCUGAAGGCUGUUGCACUAUCACAGCAGCCUGUGAUCAUACUGUAUCCUUCAUUAACAGCCUCCAGCUAGCAGAUACCAUUCUCAUUUAACAGCCAGGAAAGGGAGACAAUCAUCUGACCUUUGGUCAAAGCCAUAUAUGUUGUGGAGGCCAGGCUGUGGCAGUCCCUGCAACAACUGUUGUGCCUCAACUGAUCUGUGAUUUCUAUUUAUUUCCACAAUAAAAUGUAAUCCAAAGUUUUAAACAGUAUCAUUCUCCCUGUACCUCUUCUGCAAGUUACACUGGGUUCAUGGUAGCAUCUGAUGAUAAAGGGAUAUUCAGCUACCAAGCUAUGAGGUUUCUAUUCUUACUACAUGAAGAAGGAAUCAUUCUAAAUCAUCAAUCAUUCUCUAAAAACUGAGCACAGAUUUUGGUAUCAACCCAGAGAAUCGCUGAUGGGGUUAUGCUGUCCAUAGGACAUUGUUACACCCAGGAAAAAGCAGUCCUAGACUUACUAUACAUUCUAACAAGUAAUGGCAACACCUCUACAGCAGCUCAGCUGCACUGCUCAGCUUCGAGGGGCUAAUACUCCUCAGAGUCACUACUCAUCUGAGAGUGACUAUGCAGCCCUGCUUCUAUGACUUCUACAGAUGAGCCUGGCCGACAGGCUGUGGUAGCCAGCAAAGGUGUGCAGGAAGGUGAGGUUCCUCACCCAUAUCAGCAUAUAGUUCAUACAGCUGUCAUGCUGUGGGGAAUUGGAGUAGGCCUCACAGGAACUACCUGUCUGCUCAGAUUGCACUGUUUAUACAUUUCAUCACAGAACCUCAGAGAAUUAAAGCAAAGCUAUGAAAUAUAAACCAAUUGUUUGUACUUGUCUUUAAUUAAAGAUCUCCUGAAAUAAUAUAAAUCUGUCCACAUCUAGCCAAAUCCACUGCCCUCCUGUGUACGUAUCAAAGGAGGAAAGCAAGAAUGGUAAAGGCACUUGAUCUAAACAAAAAUCCCCAUCCUUACUCUACAGGCUACAAAAGCAGCUGCCUGGCUUCUUCCCAAGAUUUAAGGUGAUAAAUAACCAGGAUUAAACAAUUGCAGAGGUCUGAAAUUCUCUGAAGCUAAGUGGUUAACAGAUACAGCCUUGAAUUGAAGUCUUCAUCAACACGCUUCCAAGCAUGUCUUACAUUAACAAGUAUUACCACAAAAUGAGAUGUAAGUGACAAAAUGGAUGCUUUGUCUCCAGAUACUUUUGAGUCACUCCCUAUUGAUUCUGUAUCUAUCUGCUCCUGGGUACUAGAACACCUUAAUAUUAGGAGAUGGACCCAGAUGGCUCAGGGCUCUCUGCUAAUCAUUGUACAUGCAAAGCAUGCAUGUAUUAAACAAAAGGAAGUAAUUUUUCCCACACAAAGUAUUACUGAAAUAUGGAUUGCAUUGCUCAGCACAUUCAGGAGAUCAGACGGAUGAGUUGUCCAAAAGGGGACUAGGCAAGCUCAGAGGGUUAGGAAACCACAGUGGUAUGGAUGCAGCCUACAGCACAGGGCUUUAAGCAACUCCUUGCCAGAAGCUGUGGACAAGCAAAUCUCUCUGUGUUGUUGCUUAUGCUGCUUCCCCAAAACAUUGCUAUAGGCCUCUCCCAGGACGAAAACUAUGGACAGCUAGACCUUGACUGGAUGGCCAUUCUGAUAUUCCUGUCUUCUGCUACACCUCCCUGAUAAAGGACAACACACAGUAGUUUUGUCCCAAAAGCAUUCGGACUGCAUGAGUCAAUGCCUUUUUUGGUUGUGCCCUGCAACAGAAGCAGGGCUAUUAAGCCUCCCUCAGUUCCACCCACCUGGGCCAGGCAGAGACAUCGUAAUCUCAGCGCCUGCCUUCCCCUGGUACUGCCCUCCAUCCUGUGGGCUGUCAGCACAAGGGACCUCUUGUUCCCUUUGUAUGAUCAGACAAGCCAUGUUUCAAGCUGCCUUACAUCUGAAAGAUGCUGUGCUGGUGCUGAGAGUUAGGUCUCGGGCCCAGGUCUCCCAAUGACUACCAUGUAUUUUCUGUGCAGUUGCUGCACAAAGAUAUUCUCAAACUAAGGAAAAAUCUUUGCAGGAUGAGAUCUUAACAAACAUGACAGAAAGGUGAGGAAAAGGGAUACAAGAAGCACAGUGAAUUAUGUUGCUAUUUAUGGUUAUCUGUGUAUACUGUAAACUUCAUAAAAUUUUAACUUCUUAAGAGUCUUGGCUAGAUAACCAGAUUAUUGCAUCUCACCUCUAUAUUUUAGUCACAAUUACAUUUUUCCUCUACCAAAUAAAUCUAACCUGACCCAGUAGCAGAUACU